GUAAACAUGUAGCUUAAUUUUAGAGACUAGAGUUACGGACACUCAAGCGAAUUCCUCGAGGCCAAUGUUCAGACAAACACAAAGAAGAUCCUCAAUAGGGGGGUUAGAUUCCCCACCAAGGGAUCCCUUAGGUAGGAAACAGAAGCAGAAAGUAUUAGGAGUUGUAACAUUGGCAUAUCAGAGUCUGGGAGUAGUGUAUGGAGAUCUCAGCACCUCUCCACUGUAUGUAUACAAAACCACAUUUUCAGGAAAGCUGAAACUCAAAGAAGACGACGAGGAGAUAUAUGGAGUGCUCUCCUUCAUCUUCUGGACUUUCACAAUUAUCCCUCUCUUCAAAUACAUUUUCAUUGUUCUCUCUACUGAUGACAAUGGGGAAGGUGGCACAUUUGCACUCUACUCCUUGAUGUGCAGGCAUGCAAGGCUGAGCUUGCUUCCAAACCAGCAGCAAGAAACAGAUGAGAAGUUGAGCUCAUAUGGCAUACAAGGAACUAAACACAACAGUCCCCAUAGCGCCGCUUUCAUGUCCUUUGUUGAAAACCAUCCUAGCUUUCGCAAUGCCCUUCUGGUCUUUGUUCUUCUGGGAACUUGCAUGUCUAUUGGUGACGGCGUCUUCACUCCCUCCAUUUCAGUUCUCUCUGCAGUUUCGGGCAUGCAGGUCAAACUUAAAGGACUUCAUGAGAAUUACGUUGUAGUGAUUUCGUGUAUAAUUCUGGUGGGGCUGUUCUCCAUCCAGCAUCAUGGGACACACAGGGUUUCUUUCAUGUUUGCUCCCAUUGUGUUGGCCUGGCUCUUGUCUAUAAGCAGCAUAGGAAUCUACAACAUACUAAAGCGGGGUGGUGCUCUCCAUAACAGGUGUGGAGACCAUGUUUUGCUGAUUUGGGCCAUUUUUCCACAUUGUCUGUCAAGAUUGCAUUCACGUCAUUGGUCCAUUCCAGAGGCCAUAUUCUGGCCAGUGUUCUUGGUGGCCACUUUGGCAGCUGUGGUAGGAAGUCAGGCAGUAAUCUCCGCUACUUUCUCCGUCAUAAGUCAGUGUUCGGCGCUCCAUUGCUUUCCCCGGGUGAAAAUCGUUCAUACUUCCAGUAAGAUAUUUGGCCAGAUUUACAUACCAGAAAUCAACUGGAUUCUCAUGUGCCUCUGUUUGGCUGUUACUAUUGGAAUAAGGGACACAAACAAGAUAGGGGCUGCUUAUGGCCUGACAUUCACAAUGGUUAUGUUCGUAACAACUUGCCUGAUGGCAAUGGUGAUGGUCGUCGUGUGGAAGAAAACGAUCCAAACAGUUGCCAUUUUUGUUGUUUUUAUUGGUUCUAUCGAACUUCUAUACCUCUCUGCGGCAAUCUACAAGGUUCAACAAGGGGCAUGGAUACCCCUACUUCUAUCAAUCAGCUGCAUGGGCAUAAUGUUCACAUGGAACUAUGGGACCCUAAAGAAACACCAAUUUGAUCUGGAAAAUAAGGUCUCAAUGGAGAGAAUCUUGGCUAUGGGGCCAAGUCUUGGAAUAGUUCGAGUCCCUGGAAUAGGACUCGUGUACACAAAUCUCAUCACUGGAAUACCUGCUAUAUUUGGUCACUUUGUGACCAACUUGCCUGCUUUCCACGAAGUUCUUGUCUUUGUGUGUGUGAAAUCUGUUCAGGUGCCAUUUGUUGUUGAAGAAGAGAGAUUCUUGGUGAGCAGAGUGGGACCUAAAGAGUUCAGUAUGUUCCGAUGCAUAAUACGGUAUGGAUACAAAGACACCCAGCAAGAAGACUACAACUUUGAAGCAAGACUAGUUUCUGCAGUCAUUCAGUUUGUUGAUUCAGAAGAUACAAAGGUUAAAAAAGACCAUCCAGGAAACACAGUAGAAUCUGGAGAUGAUAUCCAGGUGAUAGUAUCGGGAAAGAACAAACAGGUUAAAGAAGAGUGUCGGGUUAUAAUGAGGGCGAGAGAGUUUGGAAUUGCAUACAUCUUGGGGCAUUCUUAUGCAAGGGCAAAAAAGUCAUCAUCAAUAGUCAAGAAAUUUGCCAUUAACAUCGUGUAUGGUUUCCUGAGCAAGAAUUGCAGAGGACCUGAUGCGGUUUUAAAUGUUCCUCACAAUUCCCUAAUUGAAGUGGGAAUGAUAUACCACGUGUGAACUCAAGUAAAUGUAAGUAGAACAAUUGUAAGGGUAGUUUUGGACUUGUGUAAUGCAAAUCAAGGGUAGCUAACUACAAAUGUAAAUUGAUAACUUGAGCAUGACAAAAAAGGCGUUCGAGUUUGUUGACUCAAUAUUGACUUUUGAGGACUAACAAUCUACAAUGAUUUAUGUUCCAAGAGCAAAACAAAAUUUGCAUUGCUAAAGCUACAAGCUCACAGAUAAGAUCAAUAAAAGCAUGUUCAAAUCAUAAAUACAUAGAAACAGCCAUAAAGAUUCAAGCAUCGCGAUAUUAAAGAGCAAUAGUCUUUAAUUAUAAAACUGAUACCAAUAUCUCAGAAAUCCUGAUGAACAAAUCCAUCAUAAGUAUUACAUAAGAAAAACGUCAGUGAAAUUCUGAAAAAAAACAGAACGAAAACACCAUUAACGGGUAACCUAAGGAAGACGCGACAGCGGCGAUGUUCCGCUCUACUUAGAUCUCUGCCUCAUCUUUCGGCGCUUCCUCUUCAGCCUCCUCAUCCGCUUCUUCUUCCACUGCGAAUUUUCGUUUUCACCAAGGUUACAAAACAAUAUUAGGGUUUACAGCGAUCGCAAUCAAAUAACAGUCUAUGCGAAAACGGAGAUUCAACGUACCUUAGCUCUCAUCGUGGAGAUGUGACGAAGGCGAGAUUCAAACUUUCUGACUCAAUUGAAGGAGCAAUGCGACGACGACGGACGGGAACGCGGGCAAAGCGAUGAAGAAAAAUGAGUGAUUGAG